AUGAUGUGGGAGUUCCGUUCCAUGAUGUUCUGGCGAGCGGUGUUUGCUGAGUUUUUUGGCACCAUGUUCUUCGUGUUCUUCGGCAUGGGUGCUGCGCUGCGCUGGACCUCAGGCCCGUACCACGUGUUCCAUACCGCCAUCUGUUUCGGCUUCGCUGCUGCCACUCUCAUCCAGUCCAUCGGCCACAUCAGCGGCGGACACAUCAACCCUGCCGUCACCUUCGCUUAUCUGGUGGGCUCCCAGCUUUCUCUGUUCCGCGCUGUGUUCUACAUCUGCGCCCAAUGUCUCGGCGCCAUGGCAGGUGCUGCCGCUCUCUAUGGAGUCACCCCUAACAACAUGAGAGGCAUGCUGGCUCUGAACACACUGCAACCUGGCAUCAGCCUGGGUAUGGCCACUACAGUGGAGGUGUUCCUAACCCUGCAGCUGGUGGUCUGCAUCUUCGCUGUGACUGACGAGAGGAGAAACGGACGUGUAGGCUCGGCUGCUCUCUCCAUCGGCUUCUCCGUUGCUAUGGGCCACCUGAUGGGGAUGUAUUACACUGGAGCUGGCAUGAACCCUGCUAGGUCCUUUGCCCCUGCUGUUCUCAUGAGGAAUUUCAUCAACCACUGGGUGUACUGGGUGGGGCCCAUGAUUGGCGGUGCUAUGGGAGCUAUUCUUUAUGAUUUCAUGCUGUUCCCGCGUAUACGGGGGCUUUCCGAGAGGCUAGCUACUCUCAAGGGCAGCCGACCCCCAGAGGCCGAGAACCAGCAGGAGACUCGCGGAGAGCCCAUUGAGCUCAAGACUCAAGCACUAUAA